CAGUUGUAUUCAUUUAUAACAUAAAACAAAUAGUGACAUGUUUUAAUACUAACAAUACAAUUUAAUAGCAUUUAAUAGUUUCUCUAAAACAUAAGACAUCAUUUUUAUUCCCAAUGCUUUUACUACAAAACUACGACUUGUGUGUGAGUAUAAGCAAAGAGAGUUUCUUUUUGUUGUUUUAGCGUUGCCCACAAGGUGUUGAGAAACAACCGUGAUCUUAAAUUAGUUCUAGCAAAAUCCUAAAUACUUUAUUGGCAUUUUUAACCAUUGCUGAGUUCUGUGAUCUUUGGGCCUGUAAAUUUGAAAAUAUUAGAAACUAGCAUAUCGAGAUGUGACGCUGUUGAAGUUGUAGUAAAAAAAAAAAAAUCACAAAACAAAAUACAAUCUAUCAAAAACUACAGUGUCUGUUUAUUUUGUAUAUUUCAUUGUAACUCUCUGAAUGUAUGCCAAGCGUAACUGUGACUCAUAAAGUCAUAAAUAAGGAUUUACACGAGGACUGAAUUACAGUGUUAUGCAUUUCUCUCUGGAUACUGUGAUAUUUUUUCCCCUUUUUCGCGUAGGCAGGAAAUUGCUACUUAAAACGUAAUUCAAAUUUAGACUUUUAGACCCAAGCGCUGAUCCAUAUCGAGUGGCUCUUAUUGUUGAGAGCAUCCGUGAAAUUAUACCGUCUAUGAGUGAGGCUCCAAUUAGCAGCUUCCAGAACCCUGAACAGAUCCACAAGCCUGAGUCUGAAAUGCAAAAAAUGAAAAUACUAUCACUCCUAAUACAUUAAAGAGAUACACAGCUCAGUUGUUGUUUGAAUGGCUCUCAGAGUAUUCCACCUGACACUGACUGUGUGAAGCUGUUCAUACGGGAAUACCGCUGGUUGGCAUUCUGGACCAUGUGCACCCUGUAGGCACGUUAAAGUCGUUCGAGUAGUUUAGGUGCGCGAGAGCAGCAGGGAUCACUCGGAAUGAACGCCGGCACAAAGAUGGAUGUGAAAGUGGAGCCGGCUGCAGAGACAGACGGCGAUCAUCCGCCUCCUCUCCAGGUGUUCGCACUCACGUCCACGCUGCACGGCAUCGCUCACAUCUUCUCCAACGAGAGAGUGACAGUGAGAUGCUGCCUGUGGCUGCUCUUCUUCCUCGGCUCUUUAGGCUUCCUGAUGUACGUCUGCAUGGACCGAGUUCAGUUCUACCUGGAGUUUCCCUACGUCACCAAAGUGGACGAGAUGGUGGCUCCGGCCAUGCUGUUUCCCGCCGUCACCAUCUGCAACCUCAACGCUUUCCGUUUCAGCAAGGUCACACGCAACGACCUGUACCACGCCGGGGAGCUGCUUGCCAUGCUCAACUCCAGAUACGAGAUUCGCGAUGUUCACCUGGUGGAGGAGAGCGUCCUGGAGGCUCUAAAGGUCAAAGCUGACUUCCAGAACUUUAAGCCUCGUCCCUUUAACAUGCUGGAGUUCUAUAACCGAACGGGGCAUGACAUCAGAGACAUGCUUCUCUCGUGCCACUUCAGGGGGAAGCCGUGUCGGCCCGAAGACUUCAAAGUGGUUUUCACACGCUAUGGGAAGUGCUACACAUUUAACUCGGGGGACAGCGGGCCACCGCUGGUCAGUGUGAAGGGCGGGAUGGGGAACGGACUGGAGCUCAUGCUGGACAUCCAACAGGAUGAAUAUUUACCUGUGUGGGGAGAAACAGACGAGACGUCUUUUGAAGCUGGGAUCAAAGUUCAGGUUCACAGCCAGUCCGAGCCGCCGUUCAUCGAUCAGCUGGGUUUUGGUGUCGCUCCAGGAUUCCAGACCUUCGUGUCCUGCCAAGAGCAGCGACUGGUGUUCCUGCCACCUCCAUGGGGGAACUGCAAGAUGGAUUCGCCGGACUCUGACUUCUUCAGCACUUACAGCCUCAGUGCAUGUCGCAUCGACUGCGAGACGCGCUACCUGGUGGAGAACUGCAACUGCCGCAUGGUGCACAUGCCUGGUGAUGCCCCGUACUGCAGCCCUGAGCUCUAUAAAGUGUGUGCAGACUCGGCACUCGCGUACCUGGUGGAGAGAGAUAACGAGUACUGCAUGUGUGAGACGCCGUGCAACACCACGCGCUACAGCAAGGAGCUCUCUUUUGUCAAGAUCCCCAGUAAAGCUUCCGCAAAAUACCUCGCCAAGAAGUUCAGCAAGUCCGAGAAAUACAUCGCAGACAACAUUCUCGUCCUCGACGUCUUUUUCGAAGCUCUGAACUACGAGACCAUCGAGCAGAGGAAAGCCUAUGAAGUCGCAGGCCUGCUGGGUGAUAUUGGAGGACAGAUGGGACUGUUCAUCGGAGCGAGCAUUCUCACCAUUCUGGAGCUCUUUGAUUAUCUGUAUGAGGUGGCGAAAUACAAGCUGUGUCGCUGCUCAGACAAGAAACAUCAAAGCAACAGCAGCGACCACGACACGGUGAUGGGGCUCAACGACGUCAAAUGUCACGUCAGCCAGUUUCAUUAGCGAGGUUCAUGCUAUAAACCUGCGGUGCAGCUGUCAAUAAACCGUCCUGUACAUCAUGUUUACCUGAUGCAUAAUAGAGAAUAUAUUUAGAUCACUGGUAUAAUUCACUUUCAUAUGGACAGCACUGUGCAAAAGUCUUGACCCCCAUAAUUUUCCUUCAAAGUUGUUUUUUUUUUUAAUGGAGUCUUCAGGAAUAGUUCUCUAGGCUUCCUGUAGUGUUUUUUCCCCCCUUUCGUUCUUGUGUCUCAGAGCGAAAGAAUCUGAGACAUUUCAAAGGAAUGUUUUUUGUUUGUUGAGCUGCACAGUGACCUAUGACUCUUAAGUCUUAAGACAUGAACCAGUGAGAAACAGGUGCAGAUGAUGAAAGAUGAUCAGGCCGGUGAUUAGUUACAGUAUACUGGUGAUGUUAAAUGCUGAGUGGUUGGAACAGACGAGAGGGGAAAUGAGGCCGCUGCUGAGGCUGUUACAUAAACAGCCAAGUUUUAAACUGUACCCUAAGGCAGCGUGUCGAAGUAAAGCAUUUGUUUACUUUUUAUUUACUCACUCGUUCAUUGUCUAUACCGCUUUAUCCUGUAUUCAGGGUCACAGGCGACGUGGAGCCUAUUCCAGGAGACUUAAGCGUAGUACACCCUGGACAGGGUGCCAAUCCAUCACAGAGCACACAAUGCACACCCACAACAGGCAAUUUGGGAACGCCAAUUAGCCUUAACUGCAGGACUUUGGAAGGAAACCGGAGUACCCAGAGGAAACCCACCAAACAUGGGGAGAACAUGCAAACUACAUGCACACAGAGACGGGAAUCAAGCCUGGCCGGGAAUCGAACCCGGACCCUGGAGGUGCAAGACGACAGUGCUAACCACUACACCAGCCAGUUUAAUCUACAUUUAAUUUAAUUUAAUAUGUAAAAAAUAAGGAGUGGCUCGAGGCUUUUGCACAAUACUGUAUAAAUAUAUAAAAUUAGAAGAAAAAAAAUGAUUUACUGUAUAACCAUGCAAUCUGUGAGGAUGAUUCCAUUUUCAAUUUCAUUCUCACAGGCUUUCCUAAAAGAAGUAGCUACAGUCAUGAAGCGAAGUGAAAUCAGAGUCGAACAAUUAGCACUAGAGGUUUUUCGACUUAGCCAUUGUGGUUAAGGUGGUUGGACUGCUGAUCAGAAGGUCCCAGGUCCAAACCAUAAUACCAUUGAGUUGCCACUGUCGGGCCCUUGAGCACGGCCCUUAACCCUCAACUGCUCAGAUGUACAAUGAGAUAAAAACGUAAGUAUCAGGAACAUGAUACAGGUUACCAGCUUGACACAGAGCUGGGGUUUAUUAAUGAAAUCUAAUCUUACACUAACAUAACAAA